CAAUGACGGAAGGCUCCGCUGCUCUUUUCGCCGCAAAGACCGAUCCAACGCCCGUCGCAAGUGACGAUUUACAGCCUGUCGUCGACUUCUUUCUUCUUGUCCAGCCAUCUUAUACCCACCGCCGUGUCCAUCCAGUCAACAUGCAGCUUUCCGAAGAGACCAAGGAGCGCAUCUCGCGCGUCAUUGACAUUUCUCGUGUCGCUGUCCACUACGGCUACCUUCCUCUGAUCAUCUACCUUGGCUACACUCGCAGCGUGCCUCGCCCUUCGCUGAUCAAGCUCUUCUCUCCUCUCGCCAUC